UCUGUCAGGUGGGGCCGGGGCGUCAGAGGCUCACCCACAGGAGAAAACGAACUCCAUGUCUCCCCUUUGCCAGACCUUUUCUCCUCUUCUUCGUCGCAUCGUCCUCUUCCUCCAGCACGCCUCCUUCUCCUCCCCUGUCCUCCUCGCUAAAACCCUAGCGCUCCGCCUCCGAGCUUCUCGCCGCCGGCCGAUAUCCCCGACGGUCCGUGGGCCAGGGCCGGCGUCUCUUGUCUCCACGCGAUGUCCGGCCGCGGGAAGAAGAGCGGGAAGGGGGCGGAGGACCUGGGCCGCGCGCUCAUACGCCAGCAGAACAGGGCGGCGGCGGCCGCCAAGGAGCGGGGCGAGGCGCUCGCCUCCUCCUCCCGCCGCCGCGCCCCGCCCCUCGAGUCCGUCAUCGACGUCAGCGAGAUCGACGCCGUCCUCCAGCGCGCCGCCGAGGAGGACCGCCUCCAUUCCGCCCUCGCUGCCGCCGCUUCCGCCUCCUCCUCCGACCUCGUCAUCGACCUGGACGCGACCGGGGAGACAGCCGAGGAGAGGCGAAGGCUUCGGAAGGAGCAAGAGGCGCUGUACGCUAACAGCCUGGGGGUUCCAAGGCGUCCACCGUGGACUAAUCGGAUGACCGCGGAGGAGCUCGACACAAGCGAGAGGCAGGCGUUCCUUGAGUGGCGGAGGAAUCUUGCGAGAUUGGAAGAGAAUGACAAGCUUGUCCUUACACCCUUCGAGAAGAACAUUGACAUCUGGAGACAGCUCUGGAGAGUAAUUGAACGCAGUGAUUUGCUGGUCAUGGUAGUUGAUGCUCGAGAUCCCUUAUUCUACCGAUGUCCUGAUCUUGAGGUAUAUGCCAAGGAACUUGAUGAACACAAGAGAACAAUGCUCCUUGUCAACAAGGCUGAUCUACUACCUUUAAAUAUCAGAAAAAUAUGGGCAGAUUAUUUCAAGGAGCACGAUAUUCUUCAUGUUUUCUGGUCUGCUAAAGCUGCUACUGCCACAUUAGAAGGAAAAAUGUCGAGUGGUGAAGAAGAUUCUGCUUCACCUGAUAUGGAUACCAAAAUAUAUGGCAGGGAAGAACUUCUGAUGAGGCUGCAAGCUGAAGCGAAAUCUAUCGCAGCACAAAGAAGGACUUCAGCUAGUAAAGGGGAACAAGAAGCAAGUUCUACCGAUUCUGUUUCAUCAGUGGCUAAACAUGUAGUUGCUGGAUUUGUUGGUUAUCCAAAUGUUGGGAAGAGUUCCACCAUAAAUGCUUUGGUUGGCGAGAAGAAGACCGGUGUUACUCACACACCUGGCAAGACAAAACAUUUCCAGACAUUGAUAAUCUCUGAAGAGCUCAUGCUGUGUGAUUGUCCUGGUCUGGUCUUCCCUUCAUUCUCAAGCUCGAGGCAUGAGAUGGUGUCAUGCGGUGUCUUGCCGAUCGAUCGGAUGACAAAGCACAGGGAAGCCAUCCAAGUGGUGGCAGAUCGUGUCCCAAGAGACAUCCUGGAGCAGAUUUACAAAAUCACCUUGGCAAAGCCAAAGCCUUACGAACCACAAUCUCGGCCACCAACUGCAGCUGAGCUGUUGCGGGCAUACUGCGCGUCUCGGGGCCAUGUCAGCCAUGGUGGGCAGCCUGACGAGACCAGGGCUGCUAGGCAGAUACUCAAGGACUACAUCGACGGCAAAAUCCCGCACUAUGAGCUCCCUCCUGGUGUUGUCACAGACGAUGAAGUAGCAACAACAGAACCUACUGUUGCAGCAGCAGAAGGCCCGACUGCUUCAGCAGCUGAUGAAUCUGACAGUGAUGACUCCGAUGAACAGGAUGAUACAACAGGAGUUCCAGACAUGAGGUGUCUCUUGAGUGACCUCGAGUCUUUCGACUUGGCCGCCGCCGAAGGAUCCAAUGUCACUGGAAAUAAGAAGCAGCACCAGGCAUCACAGAAGCAGCGCAGGAAACCCCAGCGGAAGAAGGACCGGUCCUGGAGGGCUAGCAACGAUGGCAGCGAUGGAACGGCGGUGGUAAGGGACUUCCAGAAGCCCGCCGUCAAUACUCCCACGGCCAGUGUGAACGGAAAUGUUUAGUGCCAGCGUCCCUAGCAUCAUCCUAAACAACCGCACGUCACCAUUGCUGCUGCCGGGAAGAUGGCUGUCUAAUGCGAAAAAGGUCAAGAAAUACAUUUACACAUAUAAAUAUGGCUGUGUGCCGAUUGCUGAAUCUGCUCUGGUAGACGGACGAGAGAGCAGAGUAUCAUUACCUGAUAGUGCGUCAAACAUGCAGAGAAUAGUCAUGUUUGCCAUCUCAAAAAGAUCCUAUUGCCGUUGUGAAUAUAACGCGGGCUGUGACUUGUGAUACGCGUGGGUGGUGUCCUAUAAUUUUUCAACAAUCGAUGUAACUACAGAUAUGCGAAGAUCAUCUUGAAGUACUCUUUUGAAGCUGCUAAGCAUUAUUCGAGUA